CGCGAGACGCAUCGCGACCGCGACCCGGAAACUUCGUCCACCCCGACACCCCCGCGAUGGCGACGACGGCAGCGCGCGCGGGCCUCGCCCCGCCGGUCGCCUCCGUCGCGCCGCGCCGAAGCUUCGACCGCGUCGCCGUUCGAAAAUCAUCGCGCGGCCUCGCCAACUCAUCGCGCGUCGUCGUCGUCGUCGUCGAUCGCCGUCGUCGACGCGCGGCGGCGACGACGACGACGCGCGCGGGGAUCAACACGGACGCGGACUACAACUGCGUCGUGCGAAACGACGGCGUGAUCAUCUCCUCCGACAUUCCCUCCGGCGUCUACGAGGUGUCCUCGUGGUGGCACGGCAGCGGCGACGACGGCGACCCCGCGCGCGCGCCGCGAUGCGACAGCGAGCGCCAGCGCGGAUGCGAGGUGCGCUGCGAGAUGACCGCGGAGGGCGAGCUCGUGUGCGAGGGGUUGACGAGCGGGCGGUACAGGGUCAUCAACGCGGAAGACGCGGACGCGGAGUGCAGCGUCGAGGACGGCGCGUUCGAGUGCACGACGUCGUUCGACGACGACGGGCCGCCGACGCAGGACACCGGGGACGUCGACCUGCAGGAGAGCGAGGAGAACAAAUCGUUCAGGAUGGGAGGCUGAGGCGCGAUGUAGCCGUGUGAUGCGCGAACGAAACGAACAAAUAAA